AUGGCGAUUGAGAGUACCACUUUCGAAACCAUACACCCUUGUCGUUUCACCACCUUCACUUUCCCAAACCCUUCUCCCUCCACCACCUCUCUCCUCCGCGUCGCCGUUCUCGACUCCCCUUCCCACCUCCUCCCCACCGCCGACCCUCCCAAAGUCGCCGCGAUGCUCGUCCCCAAACACCGCCACUCCGACUGGAUCUUCUCCACCCACUCCGGCCACCUCCAGCUCCUCCUCACCUCCCCCGAACCCAUCGCCCGCCUCAUUCUCGUCGGCGACACCUCUCCCCACUCUCCCCCAAUCUUCCUCAGACACGACACGUCGUUUGACGACGACGAAGAACUCGGGGUGAGCUUGAAGCCUCUCUUUCUUGCUCUGUCUCCUAAGCUUUGCUUCAAACACGGCAUUCCCGACAUACCCAUUUUGAGAUACGAGGAUGGUCUGAUCUCUAGUGUCGUGUUGGACAAGUGUGUCGGGUCUUUUGUCGGUGAAAUGGUCGUCGAGGAUGUCGAGAUUGAAUGUCGAGGUGGUCGGGAGUUCAGGAGGCGUUUGAGGUUUAAGAGAAUGCCCAACUUGGUUCAGACUGAGGUUCGUAUUGUUCCGAAACUCGGGUUUGGUUUGGAUUCUGUCGGAAUUGGGCAAGCUGAGUUUAGUGUAGAUGAUAGUGUUUUAGUGCAUCCUUAUUUGGCUCCUAUGGUGGCAAGUCUGAGCCUGGCUGCACCGUACAUUGAGGGAAGGAUUCGAAGUGGGGUAAGGCCGAAGGCUCUGUGUUUAGGAGUUGGGGGUGGAGCUCUGCUUGGUUUCUUGAGAACUCAAUUGGGGUUUCAGGUUGUGGGUGUUGAAGCUGACGAGGAGGUGCUAAGGGUUUCUAGGCGGUAUUUUGGACUGGCAGAUCAUGAGCAUGUUAAAGUUUGUGUUGGAGAUGCAUUGGAGUUUAUAGAUAAACUAGCUAAUACUUGUUGUAAGGUAGAGGAGGGUUGUGAUUUGGGCAGUGGAAAUGAUGUUGAUGCUAAGUUUGAUGUGAUUAUUGUUGAUUUGGAUGCAAGUGAUGCUAGGGAUGGUCUGAUUGCUCCGCCGUUGGAGUUUGCUAGGAAGCAUGUCCUUUUGUCAGCCAGAUCAAUUCUCUCGGAUGAUGGGAUUCUGGCUGUAAAUGUUAUUCCUUCAAGCACAUCAUUUUACAAGACAUUGGUCCAUGAGUUUCGAGAUGUUUUUGAUGAGUUAUACGAAAUAGAUGUGGGAAAUGGGGAACAUUUUGUUCUUAUUGCUGUGGCAUCACCUCUCAUGCCUUCUAGUGAUUGUGAGAAUUGUUUCCUCAACAAACUAGGGAAAUCCAUAUCUGGGGAAUACUUGACUUCCAUAAAGAAGGUCUGAGGUUCAAUCCGUUGUCUGUGUGGGAAAGAUAUAUAAACAUAGAAGAGAUUAUUCAUUGUUGAGUUAGGAAGGUAAUGAAAGGAGGUGGGAUGAACAGCCAAGAUAUUUGGAAUAAUUCUGUAAGUCCCAAAACUAUAUUAGUCCAGUUCUACAGGGAUUGGGAGAGUGAAGAUGAGGGAAUAGGAAAACUCUUUGCCCCGCUAGUUCCUGUUCUCACUUCAAUGUUUCCUCCAUGUGUUUCUUUAUGUCUAAAUUACCAUGGAGAUGGAGGAAUUAGUGGUGGAUAGCAUUUCUAGAGUGAAACAUGCGCAAACAGUGUGCUUGGGAAUGUAAACUGGAAGCAGUCUCUUGAGAAGAAACAGACUUUAGGCUGAUUGGAGUGAGGUGCUGGACAUUUCUUUUGUGAAUAAAGGGAGUAGCUAUGAUCCAGGAUGAUUUGGACAGUAGCAUUGGUCGCUGUCUUGAAUGAGGAGCUGGCCAAGUAAAUGGACUGUUUUUGCAUUGUCAAGUGGCCAGAAGGGGAGUGAAAUUCUGGGAGUAGUUCUGGUGGUUGUGUCAGAACUUCACAAAGACAACCUUUAUGAAGCCAUGAAUUAUGAUUCAAGUUUUCAAUGAUUUGUGGGUUUGUGGAUCUCCAAAUCACCAUUCAUUUUGCAUCCUAUUCUUAAUUGUGGCUUUAUUAUAAUCUCGCUGUGGUCUGCAAUAGAUCUAGGAUUUGAACCUCCAUCCAACGACAGAAAGGACCUAUGCUAGGUAGUAGUUCUGUGUCCUUAUGUGCACAUUGAGAGAAAUCCAGGCAUUAGGUUUCCAAGGGUAGUUGGAAAAUCUAUUUUUCAGGAACCAUUGUGUUAAUUAUGAGUUGCAUAAGAGAUUCAGGUAUUAGGAGGGAUCUAAUUUAUGCAAUCCUGUUCAGAUAAGAGGCUGAUGGAAAAUUGGGUGAAGAUUUCAGCGGUUUUGAGGCUUCAACAAUGGUUUGGGAUUGAAUAUGGAGGCAGUUUUGGUUUUAAAGCAAAGAGUGAGGAUUAGGGAGUUAUUGAACUGGACUCAUUUUCUCCUGCUGUAAAGGUCACAAGUUUUCCCUAUGGAUAGACCAUGUGGAGUUCUGAAGGAUCUUUUGAAAUCUCAAUUCUAGCACAAAGCCAUUUCAGUUAUAAAAUAUAACUUAUAUAAGAUGGAAUUUGGUUUGUAGAUGGAAAGAGUGAGGAGGCGAGGGCGAUUUGACUGGGUAAAAGCACUUCAUAGGUGAUAUCCUUGGGAGACACUCCUUGUGGCAAUUUGUGAUCAACAGCAUGGGACGGCUAAGCCACUGUAUAAAGAUAGUUCUGAGUUCUGACAUCCUCUUUAGACUGCUGCAAAUUUGUACUGGGGAAUGAGGAGUUUUUGAGAUCCGGGGAAGUGGUUGGAAGAGUCGUCUAUGGGAUGCUGUGUCCUAGAUACUUAGGCUACUGUUUUGCCUGUGCCGUUUUAAGAUAGAAUGGUUUGGGUGUUUCCUGGACACUUCAAUAUUUGUGCAGUUUGAUGAAAUAAAUUUUGUUUUUUCUAGGAUGAUAAAAGGUUGAAAUGUAUGCUUGUCAAGAAAUGUCUGUAAUUCUGUAUAGUCAAACUAGGAGUUUUCUAUCGAAUUAAUUUGACACCAAUCAAACCUGAG